AUGGCUCAUGGCUUGGUCGCCCGAGUCAAAGCGGGGAAGCCGGUGUACGCUUGGGAUGAUCCAGGAACUCGUCCUGGAGCAUCACUGGAAGAAAGAGGAAAGGCAGGUCGACAUCACAACCGUCACCUCCGAUAUCAAAACAACCAAGCGCCUUUCUACGACAAGGAGGCUCUGCAGGAACAGCUCCAGGGUCUCCAGGCCGAGGGCAUCGAUCUUUCCGAGAAGGAGACACAUUUGGGGCUUAGGCUGGCCAAGGCGCAAGCGACUCUAUCGAAAAUGCGCGAAAAAAAGGUUGGGCUCUCCCAGGCUAAGAUGCUGGAUGAAGUUAUGUCGGUGUUUCCGGCUAAGGCUGCGGAUAUCUCCGUGGGCAGGAAGCACAGAGAAAGCGAAAGCAACGGGGACGGCGGCGGUAGACGCGAAGCAAGGAGUCAACAACGCCACGAAGAAACGAACUUUGCGGCGCAGGAUCGAGUCAUGGAGCUGGAACUGUUGAACAGUCAGCUGCGAAAGGGACAAGCAGAGGCCGAAAGGAAUGCCAAGCUGCAGGAAGACACCUUCCGCUCAACCAGAGCAGAAGUGAACAAGGUGGCCGAGAGGUUGAAGGCCAUGCCGAAGCGGUUUACCCAGAGCCUUCAGAGCCUGCGAGACGAGGUGGAAACCCUCGAGCGCGAAAAAUUCAACCUUGAGUUAGCGAAAGAGCGCAAAACCUCGAAGGAGGCAGACCUAAUAGCCUCAGCGAAGAGGCAGCAAUCGUACCUGGGCGAAGAGCUAAAAUCCCUCUUGGACGAGAUUGACGACGUCGAAGAUGAUCGCGACCGAUGGAAGCGCCGCCUUCGCGUGGAAACCACCCGGGCCGAGUCCCUCCGCUCCCAGCGCGACGAGGCCCUGAGAGCUUUGAGAGAGCGCUUCGGGAGCGACGCCGUCGAGCGCGCGGCGUUUGCUCGCUUCGCCACGGCCCCGAAAGGAUCAGGAGGAGACGGGCUGAUGGCACUGAGUCGGCGCGGCUGGAGAGGGGGGGGGGGGGUAGGGUCCUCGGAUAGGGAUGAUGAGGAAGAUGAGUAUGGAGACGGCGACCAUGACUCUGGUGAUAGAGAUGAUAGUGAUGAGAAGGGCGGCUUCAGCGGUCUUCGGUCUCCGAAAAUCCCGGUGUCGAUGAUUUCGAAGGCGUUGAAACCGGUGUACGGUCCGGAUUAUGACCAUGACGGAGGGGGGGAGGGGUUUGCGCUCCUGACCGAAGAGGCAGUUGGCGAGGCUGUACUGUCGGAGUGCGGGAUUGACUGCUCGGCAAUGGAAGCGACAGAAGUCGAGGGUGGUGGUGUGGGCGUAGGGUAUGAUGAGUUUCGUGCCAUCGCGAAGCGGUUGGUAGAGAGAAGGAUGGCUCCCGCCAACUGUGACUGA